AUGGUUUCAUGGAAUGUUAGAGGUUUGAAUGACUUCCAGAAACGUCUGGUAGUGAGAAACUUGUUACGUGAGUGGAAGUGUGAUGUUAUAUGCCUUCAAGAAACAAAGAUUGCUAGCAUAGAUAGGCAGCUGGUUUGCAGUAUUUGGGGCUGUUUGUAUGUGGAUUGGGUGGCUUUAGAUGCUGAUCAGACAGCUGGUGGGGUCUUGAUUAUGUGGGAUAGGAGGGUUUUAGAAAAAUUGGAAGUACUGGAUGAGUUGGUGGGUAUUCAGCAGUAUUGGAAUAUUCAUUGGUGUUGUUUUGGGGAUUUUAAUAUUGUUCGUUUUCCUAGUGAACGGAGGGGUGCAUCUAGGCUUACUCCGGCUAUGGAAAAAUUUUCUGAAUUUAUUGAAGAUUUAAACUUGAUAGAUUUGUCGUUGGAGGGAGGGAGUUAUACUUGGUCUAGUGGUACCAACCAACCAUCCAUGUCUAGGAUUGAUAGGGCUCUAGUGUCACAUGAUUGGAAGCAACACUUUCAGGAUGUGACCCAAUGGAUUCUACCACGAUCAGUUUUAGAUCAUUUCCCAAUUCUCCUAGAGGCAGGGGGUAUGGCGAGGGGAAAAAGUCCCUUCCGGUUUGAGAAUAUGUGGUUGAAGUCAGACGGGUUUGUUGAUAGAGUAGACUCAUGA